AUGUCGACAUCACAUUCCGAGCCCGCACCAUGCAUCUCGGAGCCUGCUGUGGUCCCGUUCAGGCCGGGCUUGAAAUUUUGGGCUAUCAUUGUUGCCAUCGGGUUUGCAGGCAUGCUGACUGCACUCGAGGCAACCAUCACAUCCACUGCACUACCCUCAAUUAUCGCUGAGCUUGGUGGAGGAAGCGAGUGCAUCUGGGUGAUUAAUGGCUAUUUUCUCGCCAUGACUUCACUACAGCCGCUCGUCGGCCAACUCGCUAACGUCUUUGGUCGUCGCUGGCCUACCAUAAUCUCAACGGCUGCUUUCAUAUUUGGUAGUGGAUUGUGCGGGGGCGCGACCAACAUGGCUACGCUGAUAGCCGGCCAUUCCAUCCAGGGAAUAGGCGCGGGGGGCAUCAACGUCCUUAUCGAGGUCACCGUGUGUGACUUGGUGCCCCUCCGUCAGCGAGGCAACUAUCUUGCAGCGAUCUUUGGUCUCGUCGCCAUCGGCACAGCUCUCGGGCCCUUCUUUGGCGGGCUCAUUGUCCAGUACAGUGAUUGGCGAUGGACUUUCUAUAUCAACCUUCCUGUCGGCGGCGUGGCCCUGUUGCUGCUCUUCUUUUUCCUACAUGUCAAAUCCAAGAAAGAGCCGACACUUGCUAUGAGCCUUGACAAGAUCGACUGGGUUGGCAGCGCUCUGUUCGUUACCGCCGUCUCAUCUACCCUCGUCGGCCUGGGCUGGGCCGGCGCCGUUUAUCCCUGGAGCUCUUUCCGUGUCAUCGUUCCGCUGGUGCUUGGACUCCUCGGCCUUGGUGCAUUCCUGGUGCUUGAGAUGUUCGUGGCAGAGCCGAUGGUCCCAUUGUGCCUCUUCUCCAAUCGCACCUUGAUCGGUGUGUACCUCUUGACCUUCCUACACAGCAUCAUCACCUUGUGGUCCAUCUACUUCCUCCCAGUUUAUUUUCAGGGCGUCCUGGGCGCGUCGCCGGGUGACUCGGGUCUAUACCUUCUCCCUACUAUUCUGAUCCUCGUGCCGACGGCAGCAGGAGGUGGUGGCAUCAUGUCCAAGACCGGCAAAUAUCGUCCCACACACUACGCCGGCUUUGCCCUGAUGACUAUCGGCUUCGGUAUCUUUAGCCUCCUGGACAAGGACUCGAGCACUGGCGAGUGGGUUGGAUAUCAAAUCCUUGCAGGGGCUGGCGCCGGUCUCGUCAUCCCCACGCUCCUGCCGGCGAUCAUGGCGCCGCUUUCCGAGGGCGAUACUGCCUUAGCAACGGCCACCUGGGCUUUCUUGCGCAGCUUCGGGCUUACCUGGGGGACCGCGAUCCCCGCAGCAAUCUUCAACAAUCUGGUCGCAGCUCUUUCCGGGCGCAUCACAGAUCCCCAGGUUGCAGAGACAGUGACCGGAGGACGAGCCUAUGAGCACGCCGUCGCUUCUUUUGUGGACUCGCUGGAACCCGAGACAACGGCGCAGUUUGUAAAUGUGUUGUCCGACGGGUUGAAGCGAAUCUGGGAGGUCGCCAUUGCAUUCGCUGCUUUCGGACUUUUCCUUGUUGCUCUUGAAAAGGAGUAUAAGCUGCGAGAUGAACUCGAAACAGAGUACGGGAUGGUUGACAAGGAAAAAGCAACGACUGAUCCUGAGGCCGUUCCGACCGCGCCAAAGAACAGCUGA